UCGGAAUUUGUUGACGAAAGUCGAAAGCGGAGUGAACGUAACUAUUAAUUGGAGUAAUAAUUGGACAAUGUUUAUCCAAUUUCUACAUUAAAAUUUACAUGUAAUAACUAGCUACUCAGCCCCAUGGUUUGAAGUGUAAGCUCCGUCUUUGGAGUAACCUAAUUUUGUAACAUUCAGCAGUGCAGUGUAACUUUCGAAAAUGUCCUUCCUUCGGGGCUCUGAGAACUACGUUUGGUGCACGACUAGCGUGCUAGGUAAAGGUGCAACGGGCGCCGUGUUUCAGGGUGUCAACAAGAACAACGGCGAGCCCGUAGCCGUGAAAACCUUUAACCAGCUGAGUCACAUGAGGCCUCAUGAUGUGCAGAUGCGGGAAUUUGAAGUGCUAAAGAAGGUGAAACAUGAGAACAUCGUGAAGUUACUCGCUAUUGAAGAGGAGCAAGAGGGCCGUGGCAAGGUCAUUGUCAUGGAGCUGUGCACGGGUGGCAGCCUCUUCAACAUUCUCGACGACCCAGAGAACACGUACGGCUUACAAGAACUUGAGUUCUUACUUGUCUUGGAACACUUGACAGCCGGCAUGAAACAUUUACGUGACAACAAUCUAGUGCACAGAGAUUUGAAACCUGGAAAUAUUAUGAAGUUUAUCAACGAGGAUGGUACUACAACUUACAAACUUACAGAUUUUGGAGCAGCUAGAGAAUUACAAGAAGAAGAACAGUUUGUUUCUCUAUACGGUACUGAGGAAUACUUACACCCGGAUAUGUAUGAACGGGCAGUACUUAGGAAGCCCGUUGGAAAGAGUUUUGGGGCCACAGUGGACUUGUGGUCUAUUGGGGUGACAUUAUACCAUGUGGCGACAGGCCAGCUCCCUUUCAGGCCAUACGGGGGUAGGAGAAAUAAAGAAACCAUGUUUUAUAUCACUACUAAGAAGGCUUCAGGAGUUAUAGCUGGCACGCAAACAACAGAAAAUGGCCCCAUAGAUUGGGCCAGAGAGCUCCCUUCCCACUGCCAACUUAGUGUUGGUCUCCGUAAGCUAGUAACACCACUACUGGCCGGAUUACUGGAAGUGGACCCGCACAGGAUAUGGACAUUUGAGCGGUUCUUCUCCGAGGUCCAGGCUGCCACCUCCACUACCGCUAUACAUGUGUUCCAUGUUAACAAGGCUUGCAGUGUAAAGGUAUUCAUGAAGCCCGAAGACCGUUUCGAGCAGCUCCAAACCGCGCUCCUCGAGCAAUGCGGCGUCGUCGCCGAAUCACAAGUUCUACUCUACGCCGACCGGCUACUGCUCAGCGAAGUGGACGAAAACACCCCUGGACGGAGUUACCCCGCCACCACCGCUACUGAACCCCUGCUGUUGUUCAAUAAGAGCUCGACGAGUGUGAGCUUAGCGCCGGAGCCCGAUGCUCCGAAGUUUCCCGUGUUCCCGAAUAUUGUGUCUGUUGAAAAUGACGCUAGUCAGGCUAAGACGGCAUGUAGCGUAGGCCACGUGAUCAAGCGGCGAGUGGAAGCCCUGGCCGCAGCCUCGCAGCUGUGCGGCGCCGCCGUGGCGCGCUGGGGAGCCCUGCUCGGCGCCCGCCUCGCCGCCGCCGCGCAGCGCACCGACGCGCUCGCCGCCCACGCGCAGAGGCUGCACGAUGCGGCGAGAGCGCUCGAUCUGCUGACACAGGUGAACAAGCACCACGGCGGCGCCGAGUCCGAGCCGGAAUGGUCCUCCAUGGCGGGGCUGCUGGCGCGCGAGGGGGGCGCGCUGCGGGCCGCCGCCGGCGCCCUGGCCACCCGCCACGGCGGCGCCGGCGCCCCCGGGCUCCGCGCCGAGUGGGCCGCGGCCGCACGCCAGGCGCCCUGCGUGCACGAGCAGCGGCUCCACACCAGGGCCAAGACCCUCGUCGAGCGAUUGCGUGAAUCCUGGCAACACCUAGUCCGCGACCGCGCCACGCGCGCGCUCACAUACAACGACGAGCAGUUCCACGUGCUGGAGCGCAUCACGGUGGCCGAGGCGGGGCGCCGGGUGCGCGCGCUGCUGCAGCGAGCGGCGCCCAUGGCGCGCGCGAGGGCCGACGCCUUGCACGACUGGUACCAGGUGGCACAAACGGUGUGGCUUCAAACGUGCAUACUGGACAAGGACGCUAGCGGCGCGGAACUCAAACUUUUGGCGUUGGCGGCUAGACUGCAAGACGCCGAGCUACGAGCUCGUGUACAGUUGCAGGACCAUCUGAACAACAAAGCGGCCGAUCCUCCCGCCGACAAAGUCGGCUCGGCGGCGCGUAACCGCGGCGGCGUCGGCGUGUCGGCCGCCGGCGCCGGCGUGUCGGCCGCCGGCGCCGGCGUGCGCGCGCUGCUCCACGCGCACGACGAGCUCGCCGCCGCCGCCGCCAACAACGCCGCGCUCGUCGCCCGGCUCGCGGCGCUGGCCGGCGAGCUGCAGCCCUAGCGCCGUGACGCUGCGCCCGCGCCCGCGCCCGCGCCCGCGCCCCGGGACUCUAGUCAUACGGACCGCUAUCGUGUGCGCGGACAUCGCUACUAUAGUCUAACUGUAGACCAAAGUGAAUGUAAAGUCAGAGACGGUCAAGGUCGGCGCGAGUUUACUGAAUCCAGUGUGCGAUACGGUCGCGAGCCGAUAGUUGAGCAGAGUGAUGACAGAUGUCACGGCCCGGUAGAAACAGAAUUUUGCGAAAAUAGUGCAGAGUGUAAUGGGAAUUGUGAUAAUAAACUUGACCGUGAACAGUGUAGCGAAAGUGAUCGUAAAAAACUAGGAACUUAUAAACUUCAGGACCGAUCUGAACGUGCAGUAGAGCGUAAUGGAAACGAUAAUUCUAAACUCUCUUUAUGCAACGGUAACUAUGCUAGUGAAACGGACAGUGAAACGACUACAGAUAGUUUGAGUGGUAGUGAGACUCCGUCGGUGACAUCGGGUGUCAGGACGGUGAUUCAUGGAUCGGUGAGCUCCCGGGAUGUGGCCUCGCUGGAUGAGGAGGUCAAGGAGAAGGGCCGUAAGUUGGCUUGUGUUGUUACAUAGAAGAAAUUAAAAUACUAUUUAGCACUUGUCAUUUUAAUACGUAUUUGCAAAAGUUACAUUGUUUUUUUAUGAUAUAGGGCCAGUCUUUAAAGUUGGUACUAAAAAAUAAACCAACUCGAUUGUGACAUGCUAGGUCAAGUAUUAAAAACCCUUACAGAAAGUGAUUGAUCUGCAUUUUUUUAUUAUUAAGGGUCGUUCAAAGUAUGUUGCAACCUACAAAUGACAACACUAUGGUGUUUUCAGAUGAAAAAAAAGCUACAAUUAUAAUAUUUUCAGAAGAUUUGAGGCUAUUUUAAAUAAAUUUAGAAAAUGGAAUCAAAUGUUAUAUUUAGGUAAUAAACUAAAGAUCUCUUGAUUCAUCCUUCCAAAUCGUUCCAAGAAGUUUAAAUUAAACUUCAAUUUAUUAAUUAUUUGAACUGAGAAAAGAUCUCAAUCAUGUAUUUAUGCUAGGUAGCAAAAGAGUGUGGAAAUAUUUUAGACACUAUCCAAAAAGCAAUAUAAUUAGGAAGAUUUACUUUACUUGCCUCCCUAUUCAUAAAACCUUACACAAGGCUCAAUUAGUUAAUUCAUGUUUUAUCCCUUUCUUACAAAUACAUGAAUUAAAAUAACAGAUCAAGACAAUCAAUUAAUAGCUAAUUGAGGCUUCUAGCGCGUUUAUGAAUAGUAUUAAUACCCCCAUUAGUAUUUAAUAAAAGUUUUCUAUCGUCAUCAAUGAAAGCCAUGGCAAAGAACAGAGAUGCUAAGAACUUUUAAAUUUAUUCCACAUGUCACAGCCGUUGCAGGUUGUGUGAUUUUCACAAUAACUUGCAUAACGUUAAGGAUAUUGCAAAUCCUCGUAACUAGCACUGGUAAAUGUAAAUACUGCAUAAUGUUUUGAAGGAUACUUUUUCCUUUAUUAUACAGAAAGUAUUGUAUUGUAUUUUAUCAGGUAAAAAAGGGGUAAAAGUAGGCUUCAAAGUAAUAAAGUUAGGUACAAUGAUUUAAGCUUCGCCUGUAAAAUUUGCUGUUGUGUAGAUACGCAGUAUUUACCAGUGCUAGUUACGCGGAUUUGCACUAUCCCGGACGAUAAAUCCUUAUUGGUGCAAUAUAUGUAUAUUUGCAAUGUAAUGGUGUACUAGUAACAUUUAAGUAAUUAAAUUAUUGUAGAAAUGUGAGUAAUCUAUACUGAAUUAUCAAGAAAAUUGUUUAUUGUUAAAAAAUAUUUUAAUGUAAAUAAUUAUAUAGUAUACAAUAAGUAAAUAAAUGAAUUAUUAUAAA